ACGCUCCGUUUCGAACACAAACAUUGAAGUUUUCCCGCAGCUGUGAGCUGCAGCAAUGGCAAAGCGCCCAAGCACGGAAAGAAGACUUGCUAAUGACGCUCUGUUGAGCAGGUCUUCUCUGUAGGCAGUUGGACAAGGCAAAGGUGACACAACAAAAUUGACAACAGCUAGAUCAAAUUAAAGGUUUCGCAUUCGAGCUGCAAUUCGCGUUCCAUUGUUAAGUGCAGGAUACCCAGAAAAGCGAGAGCAUACAGUUGGUAUUCUGUGAUGCGCUGAUAUUUACCUAACUUGCCAGGGAUAAUGUUAGCGUAAGGUGGAGGUCGCCAUAUUUACUCAAAUUCGCCAAGGAUUUCAGAAUGGCACACACGUCGUGCCAUCCUCUUGAUGGCGUACCUGUCAAAAUAUCGUCUGAAGUUCGUCCACCAAGGUCUGUGACUUUACCCGGCCACCUUUUCAAAUCAGUGCUUCCUCCAAGUUUAAGUUAUGAGUAUGACUUUACUCUUGAACAUCGCGUACUUGCUGAAGCACAAAUCGAACGCGACCGCCGAGCACAGUUAAAGGCUCUGCAACCCACGGCAGUAGCGGCACCUGCCGUUGGGGCUGGACCAGCAGCUGGAGCAGGCGGGAACGUUCUUACACCGUCGAUACCAUCGAAAAAUACCAGCAUGGAGGAUAGUGGCCUGACAAUACCUACGGUGACGAAUAUUAGUGUUACCGAAUUUGAGUCCGAGGCGUUCAGCCCGUUCGAUCAAGUCGAACUUCAAACCUUGAACGAGUUCGAAGAGCUCAACUCGAUAUUUGGGAAGCUACGUUCGUCCAAUUCAGCUCCAUCGACUCCUGUAGCCAAAAAUACGAUAGAGGCAAGUGCCUGCGCCUCAGCUUAUGGGAGCGUUAAUGUCGGACCAAGUUUCGCUAUUCAGACGAACAAUCACCAUGAACUCAGUGCCACCGCCAAUGGUCAGCCACCAGUGAUUUCGUCCUCAGUAGGUGCAGUGCCUGCACCCGGGUCGAUGAAGAACCUUUUCGAUGAGGAACAGCUCGCACGGGUUUCCAAAGGUUAUAAUUAUCGUCCAACUUUGGCUUCACCUGUGUCAAAGCCAUACGUACCUGCAGUGCAGCAACUGCCUCCAUCCGACCCCAUUAAAGAUCUCCCCUUGCAUCUUCAGGCGUUGGCUAGACAAUUCGUGUCGAUGGGUUUUCCGACCGGUCGUGUCGCGCGUGCCGUCAUUGACCUCGGCAACGACGAACCCAAAGUAGUGGAGCAUCUAUGCUUCGUUCAGAAAUUGACGGAAGAAGGCUUCGACGAGCGGGACGCCGCUCAAGCGCUUCAGUUAAACGGACCUGAUCUUAAUACAGCUAGAGAGUUCCUCAAAUCCUGGGUCCAACUAAGCGACCUCGGAUUUGAUCGGGUAGAUAUUGCUUUCGCAUUGAAGUUACACAAGAACGAUCAUAAUAAGGCGCUCGAUGAGCUUCUUUCGAAAUCCUAAGACCUUGAGAACCCUACUC